UGUACGUUAGUCCUACAGUAUAGACGGUCCUGAUCAUUUAUAGUGGCAAAUGUGUUCCCUAUAAAGCAACCCAUGUAAAACCAACUACAGUCCCUAGCUCAUAAGGGCUUAUAUAAAGACAACGUUGUUAGCUUGAGGUUUCCCAUAGGAAAAUGGGUUCUUCGAGGGCAGUGAAGCCUCACGCAGUGUUCAUUCCAUACCCAGCUCAAGGCCACAUAAACCCUCUCCUAAAUCUAGCCAAACUCUUCCAUUUUAGAGGCUUCCAUAUCACCUAUGUCCACACCGAGUACAACUACCAACGCCUCCUUAGGUCCAGAGGCCCAGAUUCUGUGAAAGGCUUAGAUGAUUUCCGGUUCGAAACAAUACCCGAUGGACUACCACCAUCCGAUGAUGAUGAGACACAAGAUAUCCCAACUCUCUGCAUCUCAACAAGGACAAACUGUGUCGUUCCGUUUCGGAAUCUGAUAAAGAAGCUUAACGACGACUCAUCCGACGUGCCACCUGUGUCUUGCAUAAUAGCAGAUGGAUUCAUGACCUUCACUUUACAGGUUGCGGAGGAACUUGGGAUCUUGGAGCUUGUGUUUUGGACCACGAGCGCUUGUGGUGCCAUGGCCUACCUUUAUUUCAAAGAGCUCAUCCAAAGAGGCUAUACACCACUCAAAGACAAGAGCUACUUAACAAACGGAUACCUGGACACUCCAAUCGAUUGGAUACCAGGCAUGAAGGGCAUCCGUUUGAGGGAUCUUCCAAGUUUCGUAAGGACCACUGAUCGCAAUGAUAUAUUGCUCAAUUUCGAUGGUGAAGAAGCACAAAACGCAUACAAAGCUUGGGGUGUAAUUCUAAAUACAUUUGACGACUUUGAGCGUGAAGUCGUUGAUGCAUUGAGACUCAUGUUUCCUCGGUUAUACACCGUAGGUUCUCUCUCAAUGCUGGUGAAUCAACUACCUGAAAAUGGGAUGGAGUCAAUUGUAUCAAGCCUAUGGAAAGAAGACUCCGAGUGUUUAAAAUGGUUAGACACAAGAGAAGCUGGUUCGGUUGUUUAUGUGAACUUUGGUAGUAUUACAGUCAUGACGGCCCAUCAGCUGAGUGAGUUUGCAUGGGGCCUUGCAAAUAGCAAGCAUCCGUUCUUAUGGAUCAUUCGACCUGAUCUUGUGAAGGGUGACUCAGCGAUUGUGCCGGAGGAUUUCAUUGAGGAGACCAAAGGGAGGUGUUUGAUUGCUAGUUGGUGCCCGCAAGAACAAGUGCUGGCCCACCCUUCUGUUGGUGGAUUUCUAACCCAUAGUGGCUGGAAUUCAACCUUGGAGAGUGUAUGCAGUGGUAUGCCCAUGAUCUGUUGGCCUUUCUUCUGCGAACAGCUAACCAAUUGUCGGUAUGCUUGCAAGGAAUGGGGAAUUGGAAUGGAAAUUGAUAACAAUGUGAAAAGAGAGGAAGUUGAGUACCUUGUGAGAGAAUUGAAAGAUGGAGAGAAAGGACUGGAGAUGAGGAAGAAGGCCAUCAUGUGGAAAGAGAGUGCAAUUGAAGCUACAAAACAAGGGGGAUCUUCUUUCACUAAUCUGGAUAGAAUGAUCAGGGACAUUCUUCAAAAGAGCUGUCAACAGCCAUGAUCGAUGGAACGGGUGCCAGCCGUUUGUUAUUCAACUUAUCAGGUGGGCCACACAAGUGUGCAGAUAACAAUAGAUGGUUUGAUUUUGUGUUAGAUCAUUUACAUAGUGGGGCCCAACCGAUGCACGGCUUUUCUGCAGUGAUGCGUGCGGAGAGCUGUACAGUACAAUGUGCUAUGGUAAAGUUAGAUUCAUAUGGAUUUGGUUUGUAGUAGUAAUGUUUAAUUUCUUAAGUAUCAGCAAUGAAAUAUCCAGUAUUUAUUUU